AUGACCAUCUGUGCUGUGGUUGUUGGCUUAGUAGGGGCGGAGGGAGGUAACGAGGCAUCUCUAUACCCACUGCCCGGCCACACCACCACCUCCACCACUACCACCACCACCUCCUCCAAGACCCACCGCUGUCCUUACUGCUCUUACGUCACCAUAAAAACCACCAACCUUGUAAGACACAUCCACACUCACACGGGCGAGAAACCCUUUGCCUGUCCCCAUUGCCCCUUCCGAGCCACCCAGGAAGACAAUUUAAAGCGGCACGUUCGCACUCACACGGGAGAGAAGCCCUAUUCUUGCACCCUCUGCCCAUACCGCUCUCGGCAGCAAGGGAGUCUGAAGAGGCACGUUUGGGCGCACCAUAAUUAA